AUGGUGCGGCAGCGACGGCCCCCAGAUGCAGCAGCACCCGAUGCAGGACCCAAGCAAGCAGCAGCAGCUGCAGCAGCAGCAGCAGCGGCAGCGGCAGCAGCAACAGCACCAGGGGGCAUCUCGUCUGUAUUGAGUAGCAGCAGCAGUCGCCUCCCGGUUGCUGCUUCUCCUUCCUUCCGGCUGCAGCGGUUGCUGCUGGCACCGCAGCAGCAGCAGCAGCAAAAGCAGCAGUCAGUCGGUAGGUCUUCGCAACAGCCAAGUGCUGCUGCUGCUGUCUCCCCCAGCAUACCGGUAUACUGCGGCAGCAGCAGCAGCGACGAUGAAAUAGAAGAGUGCACACAGCGGCAACGCAGCACUGCUGCAGCAGCUGCAGCAGCAACAGCAACAGCAGCAGCAGCAGUAAAGAGAACACCAACGCCAUCAGUAGUAGCAACGGCAACUCCCUCAACAUCUGCAACGCCUAGAGAUCCCAGCCCACAGCAGCAGCAGCAGCAGCAGCAGCAACAGCAACAGCAGCACCAGGAGCAGCAGCUGCAGCAGAAGCGUUCACCUGGGUCUCCAGACACCUUGAAGGGCUCGGCGGACGCGAAGCGUCGCAACAGCAGCAGCAGCAAUAGCAGCAGCAGCAAUAGCAGCAGCAGCAAUAGCAGCAGCAGCAAUAGCAGCAGCAGCAAUAUCAGCAGCAGCAAUAGCAACAGCAGCAACAGCAGCAACGUCUGCAGCAGCAAGCGUUUGGUGGACGGAGAGUCUCAGGUGUCCUCUCAGCACAGCAGCGGCAGCAGCAGUAGCUGCCAUGAUGAUUGCAGCAGCAGCAGCAGCAGCAGCAACAGCAGCUGCUGCUGUCAAAGGAGCAACAGCAUACCAGCAGCAGCAGCUGCUGCAGUGAUGCGAGAAGCCCUCGAGGAAGCGCAGCAGUCUGUUAGGCAGCUGCUGCCUCUGCUGCAGCCCCCCCACGAUCCAUACACAGCAUCAUUCCUUGCUCUGCUGCCGCAGCAACAGCAACAGCAACAACAGCAGCAGCAGCAGGAACAGCAACAACAGCAGCAGCAGCAAAAGCAGCAGCAGCAAAAGCAGCAACAGCAACAGCAGCAGCAGCAGCAGCAUGCGGAAUGCCUCUUUUCUGAAGGAGAGGGGGGUGCUUCUUCUUGCUGCCAGCAAGAAGAAGCACAGUGGAUUGUUAGUAGCCCCAGUGAGGCAACAGAUGCAGAACCAGCAGCAGCAGCAGCAGCAGCAGGUGCAGCAGCAGAUGGAGACAGCACGUCGGAAUACACUGCAGCAGAUGCUGCAACAGAAGGAGACAGUGAAGCAGCAACUGACUCUGAUAUCGACCCAACUUUGUGUGCGGAUUGGGGGUAUGUCUGUGUUCCUGCUGCUUCUGCUGCUGCUGCUGCUGCUGCUGCUGACGGUCUUCCCCCCAACGGCAGCAGCAGCAGCCGGCGUCGCCGCCGCCGCAGUAGCAGCAGCAGCAGCAGCAGCAGUUUUUGUGAGGCCCUCUUCAGCUCCGAUGGAGACACGACUCCUCUAGGCACUCUCCGGCAGCAGCAGCAGCAGCAAAAGCAGCAGCAGCAGAAGCAGCAGAAGCAGAAGCAGAAGCAGCAGCAGCAGCCUUCAGGACGCACGAAGCAGCGAAAGUCCUCCCAAGCGACAUCUGCGUCUUCUGCCUCACAGAGCAGCAACAGCAGCAACACCAGCAGCAGCAGCAGCAGCAGCAGCAGGUGGAGCGCAUCAUCGGAGUGCAGCAGCGCUUCCGGCGGAGGAGGGAAGAGUCUGUGCUACCAGUUGGCUGCUUUGCUGCUGGGGGGCGUCUGCGUUGUGGUGUCUCCGCUGAUUGCUUUGAUGGAGGACCAGCAGAGACAUCUGCAGCAAAAAGGAAUUAGAGUUGAGAGGCUUGAUGCCUCCCUCUCCAAACAGGAAGUGCGCCGGGUGUACGGGGACCUGCGCAGCAGCUCUCCUCAGACGCAAGUGCUGCUGAUAACAGCAGAAAGACUAACAGCUUCUAAACGGCUUGCAGAGACAUUCGACUGCCUCUACCGCCGCCGUCUCCUACGGCUAUUCGUUGUCGAUGAGGCGCAUUUGGUGUCUCAGUGGGGCGAAGAUUUUCGCGGAGAAUAUUUGGGGUUGUCGGUGUUUAAACAAAAAUAUAAAGGGGUUCCUGUCCUUGCUCUUACUGCUUCUGCUUCGCCAGAGGUGUCUAGACAGUGGGGCUCUGGAGCUCCGUUGGUGGUUUGCUGCACUGUUGCCUUCGGCCUCGGGGUUGAUCGCUCUGAUGUUCGCUUUGUCUUUCAUCAUUCUAUGCCCCCUUCUAUCGAAAGGGCGAGCGACGUGAGUUGUUAUGGGGCCCUUCGCGACCUUAGCGCGGACCGCGUUGACGCCAUAAUAUCCCCCGGUCCUGCUGCUCACGACUUCCUCUGUGAGAGUUUGCCUUUUGUUAUUCGCAUUUGCGUUCCUAAGACAGCGCCGCAGCCGCUGCCUGCUGCAGCAGCAACAGCAGCAGCAGCAACAGCAGCAGCAGCAGCAACAGCAGCAGCAACAACAGCAUCAGCGGCGAACAAGUCAAAAGCUGUUGAACGCCAAGUCAUGCCCUCCCGUGUCAGUACAGCAACAGCAGGAGCGCCUGCAGCAGCAGCAACAGCAACAGCAGCAAAAGCAGCAACAACAGCAGCAAAAGCAGCAGCAACAACAGCAGCAGAAACAACAACAGAACCAGGGUCUUCUGGGUGGCAGCAAAAACCAAGCCCUGUCAGUUCUUCUGUCUCCUUCUGUCCCUAUCCUUACCCGAAGACUGUCGAUGCUCUGUUGCAGCAGCCUUCGCCUCCUGCUGCUGCUGCUGCUGCUGCUCCCGCUGCUGCUGCUGCUGCUGCAUCCGCAGGGGGCAACGCGAGUGAGAAAGACAGGCCGCGUAGCGCUCGCGCGCACGCAGCAGCAGCGGGUUUGCUGCGUGCAGAAGAAGCAGCAGCGGCAUUUGCUGCUGCUCCUGCUGCUUCUGCUGCUGCUCCUGCUGCUCCCUCUAGCUUCUCUACAGAGAUACCGCAUGCAGCAAAGCAGCAGAGACAUACACCUCAAGCAGCAAGCAUUCCCCCUCCACUCUUUUACGGCUAUGAUCCGGAGCCCCCAGAUAUCUGUAUAGGCUUUAGCGAGCCUUUUGCUGCUGCUGCUGCUGCUGGUGCUGCAGCACCAGCAGCACCACCGCAACCAGCAGCAGCUGCUGCUGCAAUACCAGCAGCAACAACGGUAGCCGCUGCUGCUGCACCAGCUGCUGCUGAUAAUUCCACUUUUGCUGCAGAAGGAGCAGCAAGAUUGGCUGCAGCUGCAGCACCGCCUGCAGCAGAAGGGCAUUGUUCAGGUUCUGCUGCUGCUGCAGCAGCAGCAGCAGCACCAGCACCAGCAGCAAUAGUGCGCAUCCCGAAACCGGAUCUUGUGGCGGGCUUAGCUUCAGUAUGCCCGCUGCAGCAGCAGCAACAGCAACAGCAGCAACAGCAGCAGCAGCAGCAGCAGCAACAGCAGCAGCAGCAGCAACAGCAACAGCAGCAGCAGCAGCAGCAGCAGACACCAGGAGGGUCCCUCGACUCAGAGGCAAGAAGGAGACGCCUGGCUGCCCUCCGAAGGAAUGGGGUUUGUGGGGUCGUCCCCUCCAUGUGGCUGUCUUAG